ACAAUUUCGAUAACCCAAGUGUUUUGAGCAAAACAAAGGACGCCCUUUGACCCAUUUGGACUACAAUGUGUGGAAAAUUACUGCAUGUUCAAUAUCAGAAAACUUGGAUAACAUGUCUUCGAUAUGGGCUUUUCUUAUUUUGUACCCGUGUAAUUUCGCUGGCCCAAAAUCCAAAGCAACAAGGGUAAAUUUGUAUGCAGUACAUGUGGCAUGUUGGGUCAUAUGGAAACAGGUCACAAGACUCAGAUUCUUUACAUUGCGGCGGGUAGUAGUAGCUUUCUAGUCUACCUUGAGAUUGCCCCUGCCCGUGAUUCUUGAGUCGGGCACAGGAAGUGGUUUUCUGUCAACUUUACUUGCUCAAGCCAUCCCCGCAAGCAGAGAUGUUAAAUCAGGAAUAUUCAGGAUGUAGAAACUUCUCUGCUCUUUCUCAAGUAGAAUGCACUUGUGGAAUCCCUCAGAUCAGAUUUCAUUGGUAACGUUCGUUAACUUCAACAACAACACUUUACUAAACAUGUGCUAAUCAAUUGUCAUACGCUUGUAUUUCUUCGAUUCAUUUUUAUCUUAUGCAAGUGUUUUCUCUAUUAUGAUUUAUUUAGUUUUGCAUAAAUAAGGACACUCCUUCGGAGUCAGUAUAAGAAAACUAUAACCUAAAAUAUAAAUUAGGCAAAUGUCCACUCACCCAUCCAAAAUUCCAUUGUAAAUAAAUGUUUCUUUCAAAUAAAUGAAAAAAAAAAAAAAAAACAAGUUGGAAGAAGGAACCAACCAAGUAAUUGCCAGUCAAAGGAGGCGACUCACACUUGAAAGGAUAAGCUGACAUGGCAGACAACGAUCCUGCGUAGAAAUUGCGUGAACGUGGAAAAGUUUGAGGAUAUAGCCGUCAUUUCAAAUAAUUCGGUCAUCACAGAAAACAAAAAAAACAAUGGCGGAUAAGCUCACUGACGAUCAGAUUACAGAAUACAGGGAAUCUUUCAGGUUAUUCGACAAGAAUGGUGAUGGUAUGGUUCAUCAACUCUUUCCAUUUAAUCGUAAUGUUGGAUCAUGAUCAUCUUCAAAGCAAUGAAAUGACUAACACAAGUCCUUGAUUACUUUUUGUAGGUUCCAUUACGAAAAAGGAGCUCGGUACCAUGAUGCGUUCAAUCGGUGAAAAACCGACAAAAGCUGAUCUUCAGGACUUGAUGAACGAAGCGGAUUUAGAUGGUGAUGGAACCAUCGAUUUCCCUGAGUUCUUGUGCGUAAUGGCUAAGAAUCAAGGUCAUGAUCAAGCGCCGCGUCACACUAAAAAAACAAUGGCGGAUAAGCUCACUGACGAUCAGAUUACAGAGUACAGGGAAUCUUUCAGGUUAUUCGACAAGAAUGGUGAUGGUUCCAUUACGAAAAAGGAGCUCCGUACCGUGAUGUUUUCCCUCGGUAAAAACCGGACAAAAGCUGAUCUUCAGGACAUGAUGAACGAAGUGGAUUUAGAUGGUGAUGGAACCAUCGAUUUCCCUGAGUUCUUGUACCUAAUGGCUAAGAAUCAAGGUCAUGAUCAAGCGCCGCGUCACACUAAAAAAACAAUGGUGGAUUAUCAGCUCACUGACGAUCAGAUCUUAGAAUUCAGGGAAGCCUUCCGCGUAUUCGACAAGAAUGGUGAUGGUUACAUUACCGUGAAUGAGCUCCGUACUACUAUGCGCUCCCUUGGUGAAACCCAAACAAAAGCUGAGCUCCAGGACAUGAUCAACGAAGCGGAUGCAGAUGGUGACGGAACCAUCAGUUUCUCUGAGUUUGUGUGUGUAAUGACUGGUAAAAUGAUUGACACUCAGUCUAAGAAAGAAACGUACAGAGUUGUGAAUCAAGGUCAGGGUCAAGUGCAGCGUCACACUAGAAAUGACAGAGCUGGUGGCACCAAUUGGGAGAGGGACAUAGCGGUCGGGGUUGCCAGCAAUAUCAUCGCUUCGCCAAUUUCCGACUUCAUGAAAGAUAGGUUUAAAGAUUUGUUCGAAGCGCUGUUAUCUUGAAAUGACACGUCAGUAACUUUAUGCCAAUAGGGUCUGACAAUUAUGUUAGAUCUCUCUCAAAAGGCGUUUCAUCUAAUGACAAUAAUUUCUAUGUAAUAAAUUUAUUGCAUGUGUUAGUGUGUUACCAUCUUCAGUUGUGUGCAAUUUAUUAAAAUGAGUUUGUAAUAUGGUUUCAGUAUCGAAUAUAAUUGGGGUAUUAAUGUAUCUUUUGAGAAAAACAUUGAAACGUAGCAGAACUAAUCAUUGAAAACUGGUAGCUCACUACUAAAAAUUGAUCUAAUAUGAUAAAUCGGU